UUUUAUAAUCUCUCUCCUCUAGGAAUAAUUUGUGCUUAUCGGGAUUAUCUCGGUGUAAUAUUGCUUUUUGUAAAGUGUUUUUAAUCAUAUUCGAAUAUGUGAAAAUAUUCUAAUCGCGAUUAUAUUUAAGGGUGGAUUAUUAAUUUCAAAUAGAAAGAGAAUGUUUUCUUAUGCAUUGCAGAAAUCAUCUCACAAACUUGUCGAUGUACGUACACGAAGCUGUAAAGUCGAAAGUGCUGUAUACAAGUGAUGUUUGCAAUUAUAUAGUGACUCCUCUUGAGUAUUAAUAAUAAUUUGACUAAUUGUAUUAAAGAACGCAAAAUAAAAUUAAUGCUGUAAAUUAUAAUAGCAAUUGGUGUUUGUAAUUAUGAUUAAAAUUGUAUUUUUUGCAUUUUGAGUAUAGUUAAAAGUGUAAUGGUGACAUUGAUGUUAGAAGUGGUGGAGUGUAUAAUAAAGUGUAGUGGCGUGAAGAAGUGGAAGUGGAAAGCGGCCGGCUGCUUGUUUGGCCGCUUUGCUCAUCCCCGCUUUGUGUAAUCGAUUUGCGUUUCAAGCGUUUUAUAUAAAUUUGGACGAACUCUGAUUAACCGUGAGCUUGAAAGAAUGGAAGCCAUGGAUCUGGAUGGAGAUUCAGUUGUUGAUCUAAGUGUCAGCAGUGGAAGGAGGGAGUGUCCUCAAGUUUCCAUCAUACCUGGUGAAUUUGGUUCACCAAUGAAUUUAGGAAUACAUUAUGCAGCUAGCCCUAAUAUUGAAAAUAAUACAUCAGAAACACGAAAUAUUCAAAAUACAGCGCGAGGAAUUCUUGCACCAAAAUCGUGUGAUGAUAGAAGAUCACGCCGUAAUCUUAGGCCUAGAAUUGAAAGAAGUUACGCUGAGAGUCCAGACGAACCUAGGCUAAAUGGUUAUGUUAAUGGCAACACCUCUGAUAGUGAAGGUGAAAUGCCACCAUUACUUCCAAUAAAAGAGCUUUCGUCUGAUGAAUUGGCAGAGAGGGAAAGAAAUCUUAGAAAAUUGAAAGAAGAAUUGCGAUCUGAAGAAAUGAAAUUGGUUCUUCUUAAAAAACUACGACAGUCACAGCAGUUGAAGGAAAAUAUUGCGUCAGUACCGAAGAUAACAAGUAAAAUACCACCUCCUGUAACUGUUCAACCUGCACCACAUAGUCAUAGAAUUGGCAAAGCGCCACCACCAUUGUUAAGAGGACAGCCUGCACCGAGUAGAAGUAGCAGCUUACAUGCCCCACCACCGGGGAUGUUAUUACCACCUACAGCAAGUCGAAGUAUAACCUCGAGUACUGGAAUGCCGCCGAAUAUGGUGAUACCUCAACCACCUCAUCCAAGAGCAAGGCCAUCGAGUGGAGCUCCAAAUGUUCCAACUUAUCAUUCACCUGCCGAUCGUACCGAAAGAUCUACAAAAGAUCCCACUCCUGUUCCAGCUCAUCAGCAGCUAAUUGGAUCUCAAGAAAGUAAACCGCCCGCGCCUCUUAACACUCAUACAAUUCCGGAGCAGGAAAGAGUCAGGGAAGAUAAUCAAACACCGGCUCAACGUCAAGCGGCUGCAAAAUUAGCAUUAAGAAAACAAUUGGAGAAGACAUUGCUUCAAAUACCGCCUCCAAAACCACCACCACCUGAAAUGCAUUUUGUUCCAAAUCCCUCCAAUACAGAAUUUAUUUAUCUCGUUGGACUUGAGCAUGUUGUUGAUUUCAUCACUAAGGAACCAGCGAUUCCACCACCUCCCGAACCAUUUGAAUGCACACAAUGUAAGACUGAUUUUACACCCGUUUGGAAGUGGGAAAAACCACCAAAUAGCAAUAAAAAAGAACCAAGAGGACAGCACGCUACUUUCCAACGACCACCAGCUGGUCGUGAUCCAAGAGUUAUUUGUGAACAUUGUGUUACAACUAAUGUUAAAAAGGCACUUAAGGCUGAACACACUAAUAGAUUGAAAACAGCUUUUGUAAAAGCAUUGCAACAGGAACAGGAAAUAGAGCAAAGAUUAGCUCAAGCGGCGUGUCCCAGUCCCGAUCCACCGGUGGCAACGCCAAAAUCUAUUCCAAAGGCGGCUACUCCAACAAGAAGAGUGGCUACACCACCUGCGCCACCUCCACAAAUUCCUCAAGCACCACCGCCAGCUCCAACUCCUCCGGCUCCAAAACUUCAGGAACAUCCUCUGGUAAAACUUGCGGAAAGUGGAAAAUUCACUCCACAUCAUGCAGCUGCAGCAGCACUUCAGCAACAGCUACUUAGGGAGCUAGCAAAGAAUCCUGUUGGAUUACCGCCUCAUCAACCACUUCCAGCUCACAUGAUGCAACCAUUUAAUCCACUUUUGUAUCCUUAUCAAUUGGCAAUGGCACAAGCAGCAAGUGGUAAAGGACUUGUUGAGCUUCAAAGACAAGCUCAGGAUCUUCAGCGACAAUAUUUGCUCGAUAUGAUUCCAUCUCAAGCAUCGCAAGCUCAAAGCAGUCAAGCUCAAUCAAGAGCUCAUCCACACAAUUGGAAGACGUAACUGAACGUGUUUGCUUCAUUUUGAAAAGUGUUAUUUCAACUUAAUAAAGCCGGAGAACCAAAUGUAAUGGAAGUUAUCGAGGCCUUUUUAGUUCAAAUUACAAAAAAAAAGAAACUUCGGCUUUUGCCCUGAAGUCGUCCAAUGGAGAUUUUUAUCAGGAAGUUAAGUUGGUAAAUGAAAGAAAAAAAGAAAAAGAAAAAAAAAAAUUGAAAACGAAGAUGAAGGAAAAUAUCUUGGAAAAAAAACACCUUCACCUUCAAGCUUGUAAGAAAAUAAAUUUAUCCUCAGGGGGAAAAAUUUAUUAUUACUUAGAAAAUCAUCCAGAGAAUAAAAUCUUUGGAAGGCGGUGCUCCGAGUUGUGAUAAGGUGACAGUGACCAGAGAAUUCAGAAAGAUUCCGAGGAUAGUGCAUAAUCAGGAUGAGUGUGAGUGAAUAUAAUAAUAAUAUUAAUAAUAAUAAUUAAUAAUUUCGAUUAUUACACGCAAUAUGAAAUAGAAAAAAAAAAUCUUUGUUCAGUAGGGAGUAAUACGUGUGACAUAAUUAUCCUUUUUAAUCGAUCGGUUGAAUGAUUAUUACAUAAUUACGAUCACUGAGAGAACGUCUACAAUUUUUAUUUUUAUCUCGAGUUUUAUCACUAAAACACGAUAUUUGUACUCGAUAUAAAUCUGUCUCUCUUGCUCUCUAUUUCUGUCUUUAACUGCUCCAAGUAUUUUUAAGACAAAUUUUAAUUUUAGAAACCGACGGUGUUUCUGCAUAAAAAAUUGUCUUCAAAUAAAACUCUUUAGAUUAAAUUCUUAAGAGUUUGCCACAAUGUGCGACAAAUUGAAGAAAAACUUUUAUUCUUCAAUGUAAAAAAAUAAAUAUUCAUUCAAGAAACGAGUAAUAUUUGAAAAAAAAAAAUACAAUCUUUAGAUGUUGAAAAAGACUGGAAUGUGAAUAUUUACUAUAAUUACAAAAGUACAUUGUAAUGUUUUUAAAAUUUUAAAUUUUGUCACAUUUCUUUCUAGUCUCAUUUACUUUCUCUCUCUUUUUUUUUUUUUUUUAAAUAACUCUUUGGAUUCAAUUUUUCAAAUACACUUUUUUUUCUCAUUAGUUUUGUAAGUUUAAACGAUUUAAGAGACCAUCAUUGUAAUGAAUUGAAAUUAGAAAAUUGCUUAUUGCUUUGUAUAUUAAACUAAACGAAAAUCAAAGUGGUUGCCAUUUUCAUGUUAAAUGAAUAAUUUAUUUUUGUAAGGUACUUGAAAUGAAAAUCAAAAUGAAAAAUUUGAUUUAUUUCAGGAUCAUGGAAAAAACAAGAAUGAAUUAAAAAAAAAAGAGUGAUUUUGUUUACAAUUUCGAAAUAAAAUCGCUCUUUUUUUUUAUAGAUUCGACAUGAAACAAAAAAUACUGAUUUUUCGAUUUAUUUUGAUUCAAAUUGAAGUAAAGCAUAAUUUUCUCGACGGUCUUUGUUUAAUUUUAACAUAAUUAUAAAAAGUACCGCAAUAUUUUUUUUGUUUCUAAUUGCAGAAUUAAAAAAGAAUUGCGUGUUUAAAAAAAAAAUUUGUUAUUUUAGUGGAUGGAAGCGUUUGUUUAAUUUUUGUCAAAUUUGUGUACAAUAAGUAAUUUUUGUACUUGUUCCUUUUUUUGUUUGAAUUUUUUCAAAUCGCUCAUUGGUGAUAGAGCAUCGAAUAAAUAUUUCGUUCUCUAGUUUCUAAUGAAAAAUAAUAUUUAAAAAAAAAAAAAAUUUGUCAACUUUUAUUUUAAAACGAAUGUAAUUAAUAAUAAUUUAAUUAUUACUAUUGUCUAAUUUUUAAGAUUUAGUGUAUAAAAUUGUAUGUAAAAAAAAUUUAGUUGUAUUUGAUAUUUUUUUUUAUCAGUAAUACAAUAAAAUGUAUAUAUAUAUAGAAAAUUCGAUGCUCUUACACUUUUACAAAUGAGAAAAGAAAUUCAUUAAAAAAGAGCCUAUAAUGACUGGUCUCAUUUUUUUUUUUUUUUUUAAAAAAGUACUUGAUUCUGACAAAACAUUUAUUCUGCACAUAAGAAUUUAUAACUUCUAGCACUCGUCCUAAUGCAAAUCCCUAAUAUUUCUUCAUUGGAUCAUUUUUGAUCUACUCGUUUAAUCGUUCAUCAUAUGUGUCCAAUUCACUGAAUAUUACUGAUAAUCUUGAAAAAUUUCUCGGUAUAUGAUAUAAUGAAAUAAACAAAACUGACGUAAUCAUCACUCUUUGUACUAUACAAUAGAUUUCAAUCUCGUAAGUACUCCUUAUGAAUAAAUAUACCGUAUAGAACUAUAUAGAAGCGCAUAAUAGAUAAAGAUCUCUUGGUUUGCAUGGCUAUAGUAUGAGUGAAAUUUUUUGAUCACCUUCCUAAAAAAUAAAAAAAAAUAAAAAAAAAACAAAAACAAAAAUUAUGAUACAAAAAAUGAAAGAAUGAUGGAAUGAAAAAUAGAAAAUAAAGUCAGUAAAAGAAAAAAAAAA